GGGUAGUGGCAGCAUGUUAAUAUCGGUAACGUCCCUCACUCUGGCUGCAUUCACAUCAUCCAACAUCCAGCCGCUACAAUGUCUGCCCUACGGAUUCUAGUACCUGUGAAGCGAGUGAUUGACUAUGCUGUCAAGCCGCGAGUCAACAAGGCCCAAACGGGCGUCGAGACGGCCGGUGUCAAGCACUCGAUGAACCCCUUUGACGACCUCUCCGUCGAAGAGUCCGUCCGAAUCCGUGAGAAGAAGCGCGCGCCCGGCGGUGUCGAAGACAUCUGCGCCUUCUCAGCCGGCCCGUCCAAGGCGCAGGAGAUUCUCCGAACGGCCCUGGCCAUGGGCGCCGACCGUGCUGUCCACGUCGAGAUCAAGGACGGCGAGGAGCUGGAGCCCCUAACGGUGGCCAAGCUGCUGAAGAAGUCUGUUGAGGAGCAGAAGAGCAACCUGGUGAUUCUGGGCAAGCAGAGCAUCGACGACGACGCCGGGCAGACGGGCCAGAUGUUGGCGGGAUUGUUGAACUGGCCGCAGGCGACGCAGGCGAGCAAGAUUGAGUUUGGGCCGGACGACGCUGUGACGGUCACCAAGGAGAUUGAUGGAGGUGUGGAGACUGUGAAGGCGAAGCUGCCGAUGAUUAUCACGACGGAUUUGCGAUUGAACACGCCGCGGUAUGCGACGCUGCCGAAUAUUAUGAAGGCCAAGAAGAAGAAGCUGGAUAAGAAGACGUUGGAGGACUUUGGAUUGACUAAUGAGAAGCGAUUGAAGGUGUUGAAGGUUACUGAGCCUCCUGUGAGACAGGGUGGUGGCAAGGUUGAGGACGUGGAUGGUUUGAUUGGAAAGCUGAAGGAGCUUGGUGCUUUGUAAAUGGGAGGAUAGGGAUCUUGAAUUGUCCAAAUUUAUAGUAUACAAAAGAAGGAUUGGGCGGAUCAAUUAGACUUGUUUCAAUCUCGAAACUCUUAGAAAUUGUCAUGAUUCUAUGAAUUGCAAUUACAGUUUCCUUGAUACUCGUUCUUAUUACCGAGGUACGAGGGGGGGGGGGAGAACUGCGUCUGUGUUGAGAUAUAAGAGAGGGAAACGGCGGACCAAUUAGACGCAUCUUUCAAGCCAGGUCCCAAGGGUCCUAAG